CGCACAUGGCCGUGACAAACGCCGAUCAUGCAUCUUUGAACUGAUUGUUCAGACAGUACUGUCGUGCAAAAUGCAGUACGACAGAUAACGAGCCGUGACCCAUGCGCUCUUCUAAUGGCGGGGUGUGGUCUUAAAAUCUGAUAAGUAUUGAACGCUCGAAGCUUUAUAAGAAGUCCAUACCCCAUUUUUCCAACACAUUUAUUUUGAAAACAUCCAUCUAACCAUUGGUGCCACACAACCAAUAAUAUGAAAUUCACCGAAACAAACCUGAAAGCCGGUAACCACCAGACUUCGAGCCAUUCAGUCACCUCAGACAAAGACUUUGAAGCUGACCAAGAGGGUCAGGAACUCACCUUGGAUGAUGUGAUUCCAAAGCUCGACAAGCCUUGGUUUAGAACGCCACACUUGUUAAGAUUAAACAUUCUCCUUCUCUGCGGGAUGCUUUCUAACGUCAGUCUCGGUUACGACGGUUCGAUGCUCAACGGGUUACAGUCCUUACCAGCGUGGCGAAAGUAUUUCAACCACCCUUCAGGUGCUAUUUUGGGCACCCUUGCCAACGGGACCAAUUUUGGGUAUAUCGUCUUGCUUCCAUUUGCUUCGUUUAUCUGUGAUAAAUGGGGUAGGAAGCGUAGUCUUAUAGCUGGGUGUAUAGCGGUUGUUGCCGGUGCCACUAUGCAAGGUUUUUCCAAUUCUUAUGGCUUGUUUUUGGCCAGUCGUAUUAUCUUGGGUGCCGGAGCGUUUCUCAAUGUCGUGGCUUCCGCGCCCUUAGUCUCGGAAACCGCAUAUCCGACCCACAGAGCCAUCAUCACCGCCAUCACGCUGUCUAUCUGGUCCUUUGGCGCGUUUCUCGCCGCCGCGAUGACUUACGCUCCUUACAUGUCCCUGUUUAGAGACAAUAAUUGGUCGUGGAGAAUUCCUUCUUUGAUUCAACUGUUUGUCCCGGCAAUCCAGAUUUGUUUUGCCAUCUUCGCCCCAGAGUCUCCUAGAUGGUUGAUUUUCAAGGGUCGUUACGAAGAGGCUUUGGAGAUCUUGGCCAAGUAUCACGCUGGCGGUGACCGUGACUCGCCUCUUGUGAAGUUUGAAAUGGCGGAGAUCAUUGCUACCUUGGAAAUGGAAAAGGCUCAAAACAGAACCGACUGGGGAGAGUGGUUCAAGACCAAAGCCACCAUGCAUCGGUUGAGUCUUGUGAUUGCUGUCGGUGCGUUUUCCCAGAUUAGUGGGAACGCCCUUAUCGCGUACUACUUGACUAUCAUGUUGAACAACAUGGGUGUCACAAACACGGCCGAGCAGUUGAGGAUCAAUAUGGCAUUAACCAUUUGGGGGCUUACUGCGGCUAUAACGUUUGCCUUGUGUGUUAAGAAUUUUGGCAGAAGACCGAUGUUCUUAACCGCAUUUGGUGGGAUGUGUACGGCAUAUGUCAUCUUCACUAUUUUGUCAGCUCGCAAUGCCGCCACCGACUUCAAGGACAAGAAUAUUGGUAUUGCUUCGAUUGCCAUGAUGUUUAUCUUCAGCACGUUCCAGCAUAUGGCUACCCCGGUUAACUUGACGUACGUCAUGGAGAUUUGUCCUUUCUCUCUCAGAGCUAAGGGUUCUACGAUCUACCAAGUCACUUGCGGUAUUUGCAUAAUCUUCAACAACUACGUUAACAACAUUGCUAUGGAUGCUAUUAAAUGGAAAUACUACAUUGUCUGGUGUAUUUGGAUUGCCGUUGAGUUUACGAUUGUCUUCUUCUUCUACCCUGAAACCAGAGGUUUAGCAUUGGAGGAAAUUUCCGCCGUGUUUGGUGAAGAAAUUUACCAUGGGGAUGCUAAUGACUAUGGGAUCCGGACCUUCGAAGGCCAAGCGGCAGAGGUGGGGCCAGAUGGGACUACCAGAAAUGGCGAGAAAGAUGGCAUUCUGCACCAAAAGGUUGAGCCUGUGUAGUUUUGCAUGGAAUUCCCAAAGGGAUAUAAGUUGGAGUGGUACGCUCGUUCGCUGUAUAAACCCUACUGGUAGGGCUGCAGUUUUUCUUCCUUUUCUCUUUUUAUAAAAUUUACGGCGAGCAAAUAAAUACCAUCAUAAUGGC